AUGCCUAGUGGGGGUAGUUCUCAUCGCAAGUCCGGUGGCUUCCUAGAAGCUCUCGGGCAGUGGACCAUGGGCACUGAGACUGCUCGUCGCAGUUCUCAUCGCAGUUCUCAUCGCAGUUCUCAUCGCAGUUCUCAUCACAGCUCUCGUCCGCAUCGUGAUACCGAAGCAUACAGACAGACUCGUCUUGACAAUGCACCGCCUGGACUGAACCUUACGGCUCGCCAGUGGCGAGAGUACGCCGACCAUGUCCCUGCCGGGUACUGUACAGACGAAGAGGAUGGAGAUGGUGGCCAUGAGGACGUGAGACGAUCUCUCCCCCCAGCGCCACAGCCUGAGCCUGAGCCUGAGCCCGAGCCCGAGACCGAGCCGGUUCAAUUUCGUUCUGCAUGGUCGCAUUCUUCAAGUUCGGCGGUGACUCGUGCGCAUGGGACUGUUAGGCGACGAGACUCGCCUCUAGACCGUAUCAUUGGUCGUACGUCCAUGCAGAGACAACCUACUUCUAUCCCGCUAUCGCGAGAUGAGGUAAGUUUUGAUGCUAACAGAGAUUCCUUGUUCGCCAAUGUUCCUCGCUUUGAGGAACAGCGAGGUGUAGACGACGUUGUUGUUCACCGAGAGCGAGCUAGUGAUGAUGGAUUCAUGGCUGAGACUUUUAGGCAGCCUACGAGCGACACAGGAUUCGAAGAGGACAAUCGACGAGGGACUGAGGUGAGUGCCCGGUCACAGCGAGAGUCACAGCUCCACGCCAACCAUCGCCAAACACCCCAGAUCCAACCAGAAGACUCAAACGUAUGGCCCACGGCGCAAAACAUCUCUCAUGUACCCAUUGAACACUCGCGCAGCCGGGUCGGUAGCUGGCGCAACAGCGUUGUAGAGGUUCCUGACGAGCGACACGGUGUAAAUCAGGCGCCUUCUGUAUUUGGAGGAAGCCAUGUGACCGUCUGGCCUGGUCCAGAUCAAGCCAACAGUUCUGUCAGCUUGGUCCCCGACGAGAGUGCCAGUCAGAUGGUGAUGCGCCAUCACGGACAGGAUAACAGAGGGCCAUCUGGAUCUCGUGCGAGAGACUUCCAUGGAAGUUCACGAACUAGAGGAUCACGACACAAUCAUGGCCGACGCUAA